ACUUCAGCUUCACCCAUACCAAUACACAUCACACACAAUCCCCAACAAUGGCCCACCUCUUCGAACCAGCACCAGCGCCCAAGACCGCCUUGGGUCGCUACCGUGUGCUCUCCUCCACGGCCGGCGUCCGCGUCUCUCCCCUCCAGCUGGGCGCCAUGUCCAUCGGCGACGCCUGGAACGACUUCAUGGGCUCCAUGAGCAAGGAGGACUCGUUCAAGCUCUUGGACGCCUUUGAGGAUGCUGGAGGCAACUUCAUCGAUACCGCCAACAACUACCAGAACGAGCAGUCCGAAGAGUGGAUUGGCGAGUGGAUGGAGCAGAAGAAGAACCGUGACUUUAUGGUCAUCGCUACCAAGUUCUCCACCGCUUAUCGCGUCGAGAAGGAUGGCAAAGGUCGCACCGUCAACUUCUGCGGCAAUUCCAGGAAGUCUUUGCACAUGUCCCUCCGCGACUCGCUCAAGAAGCUCAGGACCGACUACAUUGACGUACUUUACGUGCAUUGGUGGGACUGGACGACCUCUAUCGAGGAGAUGAUGGACUCCCUCGACGCUGUGGUCAAGAGCGGAAAGGUUUUAUACUUGGGAAUUUCGGACACUCCAGCUUGGGUCGUGAGCGCGGCCAAUGCAUACGCCAAGGUCCACGGCAAGACGCAGUUCAGCAUCUACCAGGGACGAUGGAACGUCAUGCUUCGCGACUUCGAGCGUGACAUCAUCCCCAUGGCCCGCCACUGGGGCAUGGCCCUCGCACCCUGGGACGCCAUCGGCGGCGGCAAAUUCCAAACCAAAGCGCAAAUGGAAGAGCGCAAGAAGAACGGCGAAGGCGUCCGCAAAAUCAUGGGCGACGGACAAUCCGAGCAGCAAGAGCGCGUUUCCGCCGCGUUGGAGAAGGUGGCCAAGGAAGUUGGCGUGGAAUCCAUCACCGCCGUCGCGUUGGCGUAUGUCAUGAGCAAGACGCCGAACGUGUUCCCUCUCGUGGGAGGACGCAAGGUCGAGCAUUUGCUUGACAACAUCAAGUCGUUGGAGAUCCAAUUGACGGACGCCCAGAUUGAGGAGUUGGAGAGCGUUACCAGCUUUGAGCCGGGGUUCCCGAAUAACUUUAUUGGGGAGGAUCCGCAUGAGACGGGCCAGGCGACGGGUCUGCUUGGUGCUGUUGCUCCUAUGGCGUGGGUGAGGAAUCCCAAGGCGAUUGGGCAUGCGGACCCGAUCAAGCAGUCGAAGGGCUUUUCGGCAUGAUGACCUCAUGAGAUGAGAUGAGAUGAGAGAUGUAUAAUAUGACAAGCUUUUAGACAGUCAAGACCGACAGACAGACGGACAGACAGACGG